GAUGAAACGUUGUAGCCGCGGUUUGACAGAACCCACUCAACCCGGAUGUCUGGCUCCUCUCGAGCCCACAAUCAAUAAACCAAACCGAUUUCCCAGAGCUCUGUUGUUUGCAGCAGCUCCGAUCGAAGAGUCCCACUUUCCAAUGAUUUAAACCAUCUCUGCCCACCUUUGACCGUCGAGUCGAGCACUUCAUCGCAGCAGCAAUGCAUCAAUCACUAUGGCUGUGGCCAUUGUACCUUGGAGCUGUGCUGUCUUCCGCUCCAGAGGAUCAAGAUAUCCUCUCAGAAGCACAGAAAGCCAAGCAUGACGCCGAGCAGAUUGCUAAAGCUUGUCCGGAUUACAAGAAAUACUCGAUGUUCAUGCAUCGACCAUUCUCUGAAGGUCCACGAGCUCUGCCAUUCCAGCGUCCGGCGAAACAAUGUCGGACAUUUACAUCCCCACUUGUCGAGAAAGUUAUCGAGGAUAUGAACGAGAAGAUAGUUGAUAAAGACAUGGCACGGCUAUUCGAGAAUGCUUUCCCCAAUACGCUCGACACGACGGUACGGUGGCAUGUAGAUGGACAAGUUGCACAUACCGAGUUGAAAGCUAGAGGCCAGAAAGACGACGGGAAAUGGGCCGGGCCUCAAAGUUUCGUGGUUACUGGGGACAUCAAUGCAGAAUGGCUCCGAGACUCAACGAACCAGCUCCUGCAGUACCAGCCAUUGGCCAAGAAGGACGACAAGAUUUUUAAUUUGAUUUUGGGUGCCAUCAAUACACAAGCGGAAUAUGUCAUCCAGUCACCCUACUGCAACGCGUUUCAACCGCCCGCUCCGUCCAAGCUUCAUGCUACUCAAAAUGGCCAAGACGACAACGUACAUCCUGCUUACGAGCCUUCCUUCGUCUUCGAAUGCAAGUACGAAUUGGACUCUUUAGCACAUUUCCUCUCGAUUGGAAACUCUUUCUAUAAUCAUACUGGUUCUACAGCUUUCUUGACAACAAGAUGGUACAAAGCACUAGAUACUGUCCUAACAGUCCUCGACCAGCAAUCUCAGUCGACCUUUGAUCCCGACACUGGCAGAUUCGAGAAGAAUAUUUACACCUUUUCCAGAAACACCAACCAAGGUACAGAGACUUUGCCUUUGUCAGGAGUUGGCAAUCCUUUAAACUAUGGUACUGGUCUCGUCCGAAGCGCUUUCAGACCAAGUGAUGAUGCCACAAUCCUGGGCUUCUAUAUUCCAGCGAAUGCUCAAAUCGCUGUCGAACUCAAGAAGACGGCAGAAAUGCUUACAGCAGCAAAGAAUGUCAAGAUGGCGCAAUUGUUAGAGAAGCGCUCACAGACGAUUACUGAUGGCAUCUGGGCCCAUGGUGUCGUACAGCACAAGAAGUAUGGACGAGUGUUUGCUUAUGAGGUCGAUGGUUAUGGAUCUCAGAUCAUGAUGGAUGACGCUAAUGUCCCUUCUUUGCUGGCUCUUCCAAUACUCGGUUUCGUCGAUAGGACAGAUCAGGUAUACCAAAACACGAGGAAAAUGCUACUAAGCAAGGAUGGAAAUCCUUACUAUUUGGAAGGAAAGGCCUUCCAUGGAAUUGGAGGACCUCACAUCGGAACUGAAUAUGCGUGGCCGAUGAGUUUACUUUUACAAGCUAUGACUUCGGACGAUGACAAGGAGAUUAGUGAAUGCAUUGGUUUGGUCUUGAAUGCUAGCAUUCUUGGUCUGGUGCACGAAUCGAUCCAUGUCAACAGAAUCCAUGACUAUACAAGGAGUUGGUUUGCUUGGGCAAAUAGCGUAUUCGCUCAAACGAUUUUAGAUGUUGCGAGGAGGAAGCCUCAUCUUUUAUUUGGCGAUGGAGCUGAGCCAUACGUGAUUGAAUGAUCAUGAUGAGCAAUAUUGCUUACGAAGUUUAUAGCAGCACAUUUGACAUAGCCAUUAUAUUCUGACAACAGUAUAAAAUCUCGCUG